AUGAAUCAACUUCAGUGUCAGUCGACAAGUUACGACUUAGAACUUGCCAGACGAAAAAGAGAACUAAUAAGGCGCCUACCAUUCCUACCAUGUAUGUCACAACAUUCAGCUAAUCAAUUCCUGCAAUUGACUCAGCGUGUUUCCCGUGCAGAUUUACCCUUGGAAAAUCGUCUAUCUACAGUUUCUCAUCUUUCAGUCUGCUUCCUAUUCUGUCUCCCAGCGAUACUCACAGUGAUCUUUCCAGUAAGACUGCAUCGAUUAGCAUUAUCAUUGAACCAUAUUUGCGUCUUUUUGAGGCGUGCCUGUGUGAAUCUCAUUGCCCGCUAG